UCGUUAUUUGGCUUCAGGCAAUAAUCCACACUACGCUCAACAAGCCCAGGAUCUCCCAGAUGUGUUUGAGGUUAAAGUCAUCACACAGAUUGGAUUAAGCAUCUCGCUGGUGUGUCUGAUACUGGCAAUUGCAAUAUUUGUCACUUGCCAUCCCAUUAAAGGCACAAGACGCACCAUCCACGUUAACCUGUGCCUGAGCUUGUUUGUCGCUGAUUUAGUCUUCCUUUUUGGAAUUUCACAAACGAAAAAUCGGAUUCUUUGUGGUAUCAUCGCAGCCGUUCUCCACUACUCCUUUCUGUCGGUGUUCGCCUGGAUGUUUCUAGAAGGAAUCCAGAUUUACCUGAUGGUGCAGGUAGCCUUUGCCCCCAAGGUUCCUCUCAAGAGGUUCAUUUAUUGGAUUGGCUAUGGGUUUCCGGCUCUGAUUGUGGCCAUUUCGGCAGCAGCUUAUCAUGAAGGAUACGGUACCAAAUCAAUUUGCUGGCUCACUGUUUGCAAAUGCUUUGUGUGCAGCUUUUUUAUACCGGUUGCUAUCAUCAAAAUUGUCAAUUUUUACUUCCUUGUCAUCACGUUGAUUAAAUUGAAAGCAGUAAUGUCAAAACCAAGUUCAGAGGGAGGGGGACUGAGAAGGAAGAGAAUAUUUACACAGACAGCCAUUGGUCAGUCAGUCAUCUUGGGCUGUGCAUGGAUUACUGGUAUGUUUUACAUCCGGGGAGCAACCAUUCCAAUGAUGUACAUCUUCGCCUUAUUAAACAGCCUCCAGGGAAUGUUUAUCUUCAUCAUGCACUGCAUGAUAUAUAAGCAGGUGAGGGAGGCCUGUGUUGAUUGCCUAGCAGCCUGCUCGAGAAGAUCAACAACACAUCCACUUACAGCUACCUCCGCCAGACAGACAGCAUCGAGCAAGGUGGGGGAGUACGCGUGAAGUAACAUCGGUCACAUGUUGUUGAUCCAAUGGUUGGGCUCUUACCAGAGCCAGGAGAGCGGAGAGCAUGGGUCCCAUGGUCCAUUUUAACUUCUCCUCAUCCCGGAAGAAACCAACUGAGGAGAGAGAAAAGAUAUCGACCCCACUGUUAGGAAAAGCGAAAGAUAAUUUUUGUUCUGAAUUUCAGAUUGUUUUUGUGGUAACUUGUUUUGAUUGUCAUCGCAUAAAUCCUCAAAAUAAAGGAAUUCCUUUGCAAAAGCCAGCUAGUAAUUAUCGAAUCUGAGGGUGACAAAGUCUGUCAUUGUUGGAUCGUGCUUGACAAUUUCUCUUUCCUCUUGUGCUGAAAUAUUUGUGAUCUAAAACAUUUUUGGAGCGAAAUGCAUAAAAGAAAUAAAUGUAUUUUUAUGACGAGUCAUUGCAA